CGCGGCGGGAAGAGCCGAGGGUGGCGGGGCUGGAGGGGAGGCGGCGCGGAGGGAGGGCAGGCCGGCUGCGGGAAGCGGGGCUCCGCGCUGGGACUGGUUCCUUCGCAGCCAUUUUCUGUCCAACCAAACAGCCGAUUUGCGGAGGGAGCCAACCAGGGCCGCACUGGAGAUGGAUGGUGACAGUUCUACAACAGAUGCUUCUCAGUUAGGAAUUGCUGGAGAUUACAUUGGUGGUAGUCACUUUGUAAUACAGCCUCAUGAUGACACUGAGGACAGUAUGAAUGAUCAUGAAGACACAAAUGGCUCAAAAGAGAGUUUUAGAGAACAAGAUAUAUAUCUUCCAAUUGCAAAUGUGGCAAGGAUAAUGAAAAAUGCCAUACCCCAGACAGGAAAGAUUGCUAAAGAUGCAAAGGAGUGUGUGCAAGAGUGUGUAAGUGAAUUCAUCAGCUUUAUAACAUCUGAAGCAAGUGAGAGGUGUCAUCAAGAGAAACGAAAGACUAUCAAUGGAGAGGAUAUUCUCUUUGCCAUGUCUACCUUGGGAUUUGAUAGUUAUGUUGAACCUUUGAAGCUGUAUCUCCAAAAAUUCAGAGAGGCAAUGAAAGGAGAGAAAGGGAUUGGAGGAACAGUUACAACUGCAGACGGUCUUAGUGAAGAGCUCACAGAAGAAGCAUUUACUAACCAGUUGCCAGCAGGUUUAAUAACUACAGAUGGCCAACAGCAAAAUGUUAUGGUUUAUACAACAUCUUAUCAACAGAUCUCUGGUGUUCAGCAAAUUCAGUUCUCAUGAUUUGAAGAAGGCUUUGGAUUUGGGAAUGGAAGAGAGAGACAAGAAAGCUGUACAACUUGUGAGAAGAGACAUUAGUUUUAAAUGACAGAGGAGAGAAUUGUCUCUUUGUACAUUAAAUAGCUGUAAUGUAGCUACCGGAAGCUUGACUAAUGGAGGUGUGAAUUCUGACUCAAAUCUUUUUUCAUGAAUUUUAAAAAAAAAAUUGGAUUUUAAGGGUAUUAAAGUAUUUGUUUUGUACAAGAGUUUGUUGCUCUGUAUAACUCCUGUAUGCAUUGUAUAUUGCAAUUUAUUACUGUCAGAGAUUUGUAGACAGUUUCUUAUUUUCAUAUUGAAUCAUGUUACUUUUGUAAUUCAAGUAAACAGCUGAGUUUAAUUCAUGUUUACCCUUUGAAUAAAAUAAGGGUAAAGUUCA